AUGGUGGGCCUUCUUGAGGGCCCCGGGGGCCAUAGAAAGCUGCAGCCGUGGUGCUGUCAGCAGCCUUCAGCUUGCGAACAUAGGAAUCCGCAGUCUUUAGAAAGAGUUACAGCGGUAGCAGCAGCUGUUGCUGCUGUUGCUUCUGCUGGUGUUCAUGAUAAUGCUGCAGAGUCUCAGCUGGAGGCGCUGAACUUGAUGCUGCCUCGUGCGCUCUCAGCAACUAUGGGGUGCAGGGAAGAAGCAGCAGCAACAACAGCAGCAGCAGCAGCAGCAGCAGCAUUCAAUAAAACAGAUGGUGGAGACCCAAGGGCAGCACCUCCAGGAGUUCUACACGGCUAUGAGGCGCUGAGAGCGAUGAGAGCUAGGGCACAUGAGUUUCGCAAGGGCUAUCACAACUGGCGUCGUCACCAGGCCCACGGAGCUCGCGGUGAUGUGCAUGAUGUAUUUACACAGGAAGAAGCUCCUUAUCUAACUCAGCAGUCUUCUACAAACGGCAUUGCAGACUGGAGUGUUGGAGGUUCUUCCUUAGAGAGCGCGGGUAUAUUGAUGUACAGCAGCAAACCCAACGAAAGUUCAGAGUUUCUUUCAAGCUUAGUUUGUUCUUUAAAGACGCCUGGGGCUGCCCCUCCAUCUGCUGCUGCUGAAGCACUGCAGCUGAUGCAUGCAGCAGGGAGAGCAGCAGAGCAGCAGCAACCCCAAUGGCUGCGCUUCUUCUUUAACCCUCAUACUCCUCUUCUUUCAAAUGGUGUUUUGCCUCUAAGAAGAGACUUCUUGCAUCGAAUCUCCGAAAGAGCAGCAGUGCCGCAGUAUCCCUUAGAAAGCAGCGCUAUACAAUGUUGGGUUGCCCAUGUGGGUGUUGGGGGUUUUCAUAGAAGCCAUCAGUGCGUCUUCUAUGAUGAACUCCUCGCUAAAACGCAUGCAGGAUUACCAGAUGAUCUCCCUGAAGGAGUGCACAAAGGCCCCUGGGCUGUCUGUGGUAUUGGCAUUUUACCGGGAGAUAAAAGAAUGUCUAAUGUCCUCCACGAACAAGAAUUCCUAUACACUGUAUUAACUCGUAGUCAAAGGGUUUGCGAGGCGCGCGUAAUAGGCGCUUUAAUGGAUUUUGUUUAUGCUCCUGAGGAACCUCUGCGUUUAAAAGGGUUAUUAUUAGAUAUUCGCACGAAGCUUCUUUCUUUAACUAUCACUGAAAAGGGGUAUUGUAUGGCCACCAAUGGAGAUCUAGACAAAUCUCUAGCUGCUGUUAAACAAGAUCUCGCACUCAUGAAAUGCAAAGAUAUUCGGAAACAAGAAAGUUGCACACCGCAGACGGCUUUGGGUUUAAUAUAUUUGGGUCUUAAGCUGCGGCGAGAUGCAAAGAUAAGACCUUUUACUGUUUUGUCUUGUGAUAAUAUUCCAAACAAUGGAAAGCUUCUGAAGAAAAUGGUAAUUCAAUUUGCAACCGAAGUGGAUGUGGAAAUGGCAACAUGGAUCAGCAAACAUGUUUGCUUUCCCUGCACAAUGGUAGACAGAAUUACGCCUGUCACAGGCACAGAACAUAUUGCACUUUUGGAAGAAGAUUAUGGCAUAGGUGAUAAGUGGCCGGUUGUUGCAGAAGAUUUCAAGCAAUGGGUCAUUGGGGACAACUUCUGCAACGAGCGACCUUUCUUUGAAGCUGUGGGUUGCUUGGUGGUGCGGGAGGUGCAGAGCUACGAAGAAAUGAAAUUAAAAUUAUUAAAUGGAGGUCAUAGUUGUGUGGCUUACGUCGCUACUUUGCUUGGAUACAGAUUUGUUGAUGAAGCCCUUCGAGACGUGCGAGUAAGUGGAUUCUUACGAAGUUUCAUGGACGAAGUAACGCCCUGCUUAGAAGACCUCAAAGUUGACGUAGAAAGGUACAAGGAGAGGAUAGUAGAACGUUUUGGAAAUGCGUUUGUGAAAGACGAGUUGCAGCGGGUGGCUCAAGACGGCAGCAGCAAAUUUUAUAGCACUACACGCAAUUCAAUUUUAUUACUUUUAGAAAGAAAAAAGAACUGCUUAAAACUCUCUAUUGCUCUCGCUGCAUGGAUAUUAUAUUUCGCUACUGACUCUGUUCAAGGAACACCAAUUGUCCCUUCAGACCCCAAAUCGAAAGAACUGCGGGGUUUUGCUCUAAGUGCCGUCGCUCAGCCAUACCGAGUAGCCCCUGUAGAGCAGUUUCUAAAUGUGGUGUACGGGCUUCCGGCAGGUGCAGCUUCUGUCUUAAGCCGUUUUGUUGCAAUAUCUCUCGCUUCAUUAAUUAGAAGAGGAGUUGCAGAGACACUCGAUGCAGGGGGAGCAUUAGAAAGCCUUUUAGGUAUUUGUUUUGAGGACGAAACUUUCUGGGGCUCGUUGGUAGACUUCUGCAGCAGCGUUAGUGCUGCUGCUGCGGAGGCGCAGCAGCAGCAGCAGCAGCAGCAGCAAGAGCAGCACGAAGAAGAGGAGGCGAAACACGAGCUGUCGUUGGAAGGAGACAGCACAAAGUAG